CCAACAUGGCGGUCGCCGUGUCAAUGUUUCGGUGGUUGGAUCUGUUAGAAAAAGAAUUUGACAAGACUUUUGUGGAUUUAGAUAUUUUGCUAGGAGAGAUUGAUCCUGAUCAAAGUGAGAUAACUUAUGAUGGAAGGCAGAAAAUGACUCAGCUAUCCUCUACCUUCGCACAGCUCGUUCACAAAGCGCAGACAAUUUUUCAGGGAAAUGCCAAAUUAGAGGCAGAGUUAGUAGCUCUUAGGCAUGAUCUGGUCGAAGAAAAAGCUGCCAAACAAGUCUUGGAGAAGGAAGUUAAUAAUUUGUUGCUACAGUUACAUGCUGUUCAACUUCAGCUACAUUCCAAUACUGGAAUGCCCCUGGAUUCUGAAAAUAUUAAGAACAAAUUAGAAAAUGAAAUGAGCAUAUAUAAAAACAAUGCCAUGAAGGAGGCUCGCAUGGACUGCCAAAUAAAACAAUUGGAAAAAGAAAACACAGGACUUAGGAACCACGUGUUUUCGUUGCAAGGAGAAGUAUAUGGAGCAAGACUAGCUGCCAAAUACCUUGAUAAAGAAUUAGCUGGAAGAAUACAACAAAUUCAGUUGCUUGGGCGUGACAUGAGAGGCAGUGAACAUGAUCAACUUUGGAACCAAAUUGAAGCAGAAAUACACCUACACAGGCACAAAACUGUGAUCAGAGCAUGCAGAGGCCGCAAGGACCCCAAUAACAAGGCCCCAGCACCACCACCUCCAGAACCACAAGCUUUAGAAGAUGAAGAUGAUUCUGAUAGUAAAGCAAGAAAGAGGAGAGGAAUUGGCGAACCCAGGACUGUAGUGAUUCAAAAAAGCAAAACAGAAGGGCUUGGAAUAUCCAUUACCGGUGGAAAGGAACAUGGUGUGCCAAUUAUUGUGUCAGAGAUACACGAAGGUCUCCCUGUAGACAGAUCAGGGGGCUUAUAUGUGGGUGAUGCCAUACUCGCCGUGAACGGUAUUGAUCUUCAGGAAGCUAAGCAUAGCGAGGCAGUGAAAGUGCUGUCCACUGUACAUGGUGAAAUAACACUUGAGGUUCUGUAUGUGGCCCCUGAUGAUUCCAGUGAUGAUGAGGAUACCUGGGAGGAAGACGAAGGACAGAGGUACAGCAUGCUGGGAAGAGUUGAGGACCCAGCAAAUGAACUGUCUAAUGGUGAUGUAUACAUGACAAACUCAAAAAGAGAUUCCAAUAAAAUCCAGACCACCGAGCAGCGGAGUCCCCCUUCAUCGCCUCGUUCAGCACCGUACCUUCCGUCGCAUCCUGGGGCGGCGCAACCAGUCAGUGCUUCUCCUGAAUCAGCAAAGAAGUACCGCAACCCAGCUACAAUACCAGAGACGUUUUCAACGACAGUGGAUAGCAGAGGAAACAAUUCCGAGUUGUCAUCAAGAUCUAGUUCACAGUCGUCGUUAUCUUUAGCUUCAACGCUUUCGCCGCAUCAAACCGGAGGAUUGAAUGUCGGGAGGUUGGAACCUUUGAUACAAACUCCUUCCGAAGGGGAAGAUACAGGCUCAGAGCUGUUUUCACCAUCGACGUAGCGAAAAGGAUAGCUGUAGAAUCAGUUGUGCUGGGAAUGUGAGAGGUUUAUUGAUACUAAUAAGCAGGUCCUUGGAGCAGUCCACGGAAUCUUUAAGUGUUACACAAUUAAAUCUCUUUGAUUGGUGUUAAUGGAUGCAGUUUUUGGUAAGAACGUCUUGCUAGGACGAAUGUAGGGGAUGAAGUCUCAAAAUGAACGCUAAUCUUUAGAAAACAUCAGAAAAGAAAUGCCACUCUACAGCGACACAAAGCAAUGUGCUCUAAAAUCAGGCAUGUAAGACUCGUUUACCAAAAUUUGGAUUGUUUCGUGUUCGAUGUUUUUUUUCUAAAAUUUCCUAAUUUCACAAUUUACAAUCAAGUGGCUGUAACCAUUUAGCUAUAUGAAGGGUUUUUCCCCCUUUUCUUCCCUCUUUUUUUCUGAUGAUAAUUAUGUGUCACUCAGAGAAAACAAACCAACUGACAAUCAAACACUUCAUCACUUUUAUGUUGAACUUGAUGAGGGUAGAAUUGUUGAAAUUUCCUACCGUAAAUUAGCUCUCUAAAAAAGACGAACUUAAUCAUGGAGACUAUGGUCAAAGUCUUCUCAUGACAUGAAGGAAAUUCUUCGUCAGUCUCCCCGAAGCCCAAUGCUGGCUUGGAAAAAGUCUAAUCAAAGGCUUUUUGACCUUUUCAAUUGCAAUAAUCAGGCUACGGUAAAAAAAUUAUUGAAUAUUACAGAAAAGUACCAAGAGAUUUAUGUGACGCACUGUCUGAUUGGUCAGUCAGACCUGUCCCCAGGUUUUCAAAAAUCCCAAUUUCGUUUUGUCUCUGUCUUCAGAAUAAUGUUAUGGGGAUCUUCUUUGUGCAGACUCACUAAACAUUACUCCUUAACCUUCUCCUCAAGUGUGACGAAGUUGCCUUGCCGUCGCUAAAUUGGCGACAAGACUAGCUUUGCGCUGCACAACAGCGUUUAGGUCGUGUAACGUUGGCGGUGAGAUUUUCGAUUCGUCUUAAACUUCUCGUUUUGAGGGAGAUGACCAAAUUAAGAGUAUAUAGAAGUAAUUGAUACUGUAUGAAUUGUGAAGAGUGAAGUAUAAAUUGUAUAAAGAGAGAAAAUUUAAUUUUGGGGGAUUUUUGCACUUACGUUUCUGCCAUGAUACGAUAGAUAUUUGUGAUGUCACCAGAGAAUUAUUCUUUAGGAAUAGAUUUCGCUUUGUCUCGUACUUAUUUCAAUGUGCGAUUUUUAAAACCUUUAAAGACAUGGCUUAAAGAAAUAGAAUUAACUAAAUACGUUGGUAAAUAAAAGGCAGUCUAUGACUGCAUGUGCCACUGUUGUAAAGUUGUGGACUACUGCAAUAAAAAUGCAAUGUGGCGUACAA